AUGCGUUGCCUCAGAAGAAUUUUAGGCAUCAGCUGGCAGGAUCAUGUCACCAACAAGGACGUAUUGAGACAGUCAGGGUUACCCAGUUUGUUUGCCUUGCUAAGCCAGAGGCGAUUGAGAUGGCUUGGCCACGUAAGCCGCAUGGACAAUGGCCGUAUACCGAAGGACGUGCUGUACGGAGAGCUGGCAACUGGAUCAAGACCUACAGGAAGGCCUGUUUUUCGCUAUAAUGAUGUCCUAAAACGUGACAUGAGGGCUUCGACCCGGCGUCAUGCCGCUCCAGAAUCGGACUUUACAGCCACAGCCGGCGCUGUCACUCAACCACAGACUGAUGCCGAUCCUUGGCACGAUCUCCAUUGUCUCCCGAGACAGAAGGAUGCCAACAACAACAACAACAACAAUUUCAUCUACUCAGAAACCAGAGAAGAAUCCUACCCAAAGUAA